AUGGCCGACAUCACCGACCAGCACGACCAGACGUCGCCGACCGACCUCGACGAGUCGCACUCGGUCGGCAAUGGCAACGCCGCCGCCGAGAGCCGCGGCAUCAAGCGCCAGCGGCCCUCUGCCGCCGACGACGACGAUGAUGACGACGAGAAGGGCGGCCGCGAGCGCCGCAAGAUUGAGAUCAAGUUCAUCAGCGACAAGUCUCGCCGGCACAUUACCUUUUCGAAGCGCAAGGCCGGCAUCAUGAAGAAGGCAUACGAAUUGUCCGUUUUGACCGGCACGCAGGUCCUGCUCCUGGUCGUCUCCGAGACUGGCCUCGUCUACACCUUCACGACACCCAAGCUUCAACCGCUCGUCACUAAGGCUGAGGGCAAGAACUUGAUUCAGGCGUGUCUGAACGCUCCCGAGCCGACGCAGGGCAACGAAAACGGUGUCGACGGCGGUGAUCAGGUCGAGUCCCCCGAGGAGUCAGCCGGGCAGCACAUCCCCCCUCAGGGCAGCCGCCCCGGAAUGCCCCAGAACCCGCACAUGCCCGGCAACUACAUGCCCAGCAUGCCCUUGGAUCCCCAGCAGGCGCUCGCGUACCAGAACUAUGUACAGCAGCAGCGCAGCCAAGGGUACGGGUCCGGAAUGCCGCCGCAGGCUGGGAUGCCACCCAGCAGCCACCAUCAGUCAUAA